CUGGAGCAGAGUCUGCGUGUCGCCUGACCGGAUGAUGACUGACUGAAGUUUUAUCACUGUAGUUUUCUAUUCCGUCUUUUCUAUUCAUUUAAAUAGCGCGUCACUGUAGCCCUGUUAUUUAGAAUCUAGUUACUGAGCCUAACCCAAAUCUGACAACAAUCACGUUUUAACAGUCGACUUGACUUUUAUGCUUUUUCCGUGAAAGGAAACACCAAUUCGCAAGUGAGAGAGCGCAAAGAUCCACCCCAUCUCUCUCUCGGACUCUCUCUCUCUCCCUGUCUCUUCGAGAAGGCUGAGUUGAGCCCACCGGAGAGAAGAGCAGCCAUGGGGAACCGGGGUAUGGAAGACCUUAUUCCCCUCAUCAACAAGCUCCAGGACGCUUUCAGCUGCAUCGGCCAGAGCUGCAACCUGGACCUGCCACAAAUCGCCGUGGUCGGAGGGCAGAGCGCCGGGAAAAGCUCCGUUUUGGAGAAUUUCGUUGGAAGGGACUUUCUGCCCCGAGGCUCUGGUAUUGUGACCCGCAGACCUCUCGUCCUUCAACUGGUCAACAACCAAGCAGAGUAUGCUGAGUUCCUUCAUUGUAAAGGUCGUAAGUUUGUGGACUUUGAUGAGGUGCGUUUGGAGAUUGAGGCCGAGACUGAUCGCAUCACUGGGUCCAAUAAGGGAAUCUCUGCUGUUCCCAUCAACCUCCGAGUCUAUUCCCCUAAUGUGUUAAACCUGACUCUUAUAGAUCUACCAGGGAUGACUAAGGUAGCGGUGGGAGACCAGCCAAUCGACAUCGAGCACCAGAUCAGAGACAUGCUGAUGCAGUUCAUAACUAAAGAAUCCUGUCUGAUCCUGGCUGUGACUCCAGCUAACCAGGAUCUGGCCAACUCUGAUGCUCUCAAGAUAUCUAAGGAGGUCGACCCUCAAGGGUUACGUACCAUCGGAGUGAUCACCAAGCUGGACCUGAUGGACGAGGGGACGGACGCACGGGACAUUCUAGAGAAUAAACUACUGCCGCUACGCAGAGGUUACAUUGGGGUGGUGAAUCGUAGUCAGAAGGAUAUUGAUGGCAGGAAGGAUAUUAAAGCAGCUCUGGGUGCAGAGAGGAAGUUCUUCCUGUCUCAUCCAGGAUACAGACACAUAGCUGACCGCAUGGGAACACCACAUCUACAGAAAACACUCAACCAGCAACUGACCAACCACAUCCGGGACACGUUGCCAGGGUUACGUAGUAAACUCCAGAGCCAGCUUCUAUCUCUGGAGAAAGAGGUGGAGGAAUACAAGAACUUUAAACCAGACGACCCGACACGCAAGACCAAGGCCCUACUGCAGAUGGUUCAGCAGUUUGGUGUAGACUUUGAGAAGCGUAUUGAGGGAUCAGGUGAUCAGGUGGAUACUGUGGAGCUCUCUGGAGGAGCUAGAAUCAACAGGAUCUUCCACGAGAGAUUCCCCUUCGAACUGGUCAAGAUGGAGUUUGAUGAGAAGGAGUUGAGGAGAGAGAUCAGUUAUGCCAUCAAGAACAUCCACGGAGUGAGAACAGGCCUGUUCACCCCUGACCUAGCCUUUGAGGCCAUAGUGAAAAAGCAGAUCAUUAAGCUGAAAGAGCCCUGUCUGAAAUGCGUAGACCUCGUCCUGUCCGAGCUCACCUCCCUCGUCAAGAAGUGUACCGAAAAGCUUGGCUCCUACCCCAGACUGAGAGAAGAGACGGAGAGAAUUGUCACAACCUACGUCAGAGAGAGAGACAUCAAAACCAAAGACCAGGUGCUGCUGUUGAUUGACAUUGAGCUGUCUUACAUCAACACAAACCAUGAGGACUUCAUUGGCUUCGCAAACGCGCAACAGAGGACCACUGUUACUGCUGCUAUUAACAACAAGAAGAGAGUGAUGCCAAACCAGGUGAUCCGGAGGGGCUGGCUCACUAUCAACAUAAGUAUUAUGAAGGGGGGGUCCAAAGACUACUGGUUCGUCCUGACUGCAGAGUCACUGUCCUGGUACAAGGAUGAGGAGGAGAAAGAGAAGAAGUACAUGCUGCCACUAGAUAAUCUGAAGCUGAGAGACGUGGAGAAAGGUUUCAUGUCCACAAAACACACAUUCGCCAUCUUCAACACCGAGUCCAGGAACGUGUAUAAGGACCUACGUCAGAUAGAGCUGGCCUGUGACACACAGGAGGAUGUAGACAGCUGGAAGGCUUCUUUCCUCAGAGCUGGAGUUUACCCUGAGAAAGACCAGGUUGACAGUGAGGACACAGGACCAGCAGAAUCCUUCUCUAUGGAUCCCCAGCUGGAGAGGCAGGUUGAGACCAUAAGGAAUCUAGUGGAUUCCUACAUCGGCAUCGUCAACAAGUCCAUCAGGGAUCUAAUGCCCAAGACCAUCAUGCACCUCAUGAUCAACAGCGCUAAAGACUUCAUCCAUUCUGAGUUGUUAGCCUACCUGUAUUCCUGUGGGGACCAGGGAAGUCUGAUGGAGGAGUCAGCUGACCAGGCUCAGAGGAGAGAUGAGAUGCUGAGGAUGUACCAUGCUCUGAAAGAAGCCCUGGUGAUCAUAGGAGACAUCAGUACAACCACAGUGUCAGCUCCUGUACCUCCACCUGUAGACGACACCUGGAGGACCAAGGAACCCAGCCCUCCUCCUCAGGCCAGACCAGCCCCGGCCGCUGUCCCCCUCCUAGUCGCCCCCGGCAGCAAGAGUCCCCACCGCCGCCCCUCCUCCUUCCUGUCCCCAAAACCCAGCUUUCGGGGCGCCCCUCAUCCCCUCUCGACCCGGACCCCCACCAGUCAACACCUACAGUGUAGCGGACCCUGUCGCCAAUGUCCCCCUGAUCCCGUCUCGCCCAGCCAGGGUUCCCCCAGCACUGCCCCCCGGCAUACCCAGAAGACCCCCAGCGGCCCCAGGCCGCCCCACCAUCAUACGCCCUUCAGAGCCUUCACUGCUGGACUAGACAGACAGACAGACAGUUACCACUCCUAAUGUCCUUUGACUACAAAGAAACACAUUGCGUAACGUUGAUGUUUAAUUCCCUAACAUGAUUCAAGACUGUCUUUCAUGUAUUCUCUCUUAAUAUUCAUAUUGUCAUGUUAUUGUUAUUUCAUGUAUUAUUUACAUUUAUUAUUUACGUUUUUUCAUUUAAGUAACACUAUGUACUUUUGAUCACAUAUUUUUUUUUUUUGCUUUGUAACAAUGUUUAAUACCUUCAAAUUUUUUAAAGGGAUUGAGAGAGAGAAAAAAAAAUGAAACCUACAUUUUUUUGUUUAACUAACUUACUUUAAUGAACUUAGUUCAAACCUGGGAUCAGACAGAAUUUCAAAUCAAACAGGUUUAAAAAAAAAAUAUACAGAUUUUUGUGAAUAACUAGAAUACUUCUUUACAUGGAAGCACUUAUUCAAUUUUUUUUUAUAACAAAUACACUCCGUAAUUAAUAACUAAAUACUUAUUUCUUUACACUGUUUUAAAUGUUUCUAUCCUUCUUACUGGAUCAUAUGUACAUUUGUAUUUUUAGAUCUAAUCUUCAAUAUGCACUUCAAUAUCUAUGCAGGAAUAUUAUAGUAAGUAUUUUCUAGCUCGCAGCUUUUUUAAUUUCAUUUUGAUUAAAUGCUAAUUAUGCUAUAAAAUGAAUUGAUUUCAAUGGAAAAUAGUUAGCUUCAACUGCCCUCACAGUUCACUCAAAGAACAGUCGUAACCAGUCAGGGUUGGUGUCCAUUCCGUUUCAAUUUCAGUAAAUUCAGAAAGUUCCAAUUCUCUUCAAUGCUCUUUAAUGAAGAACAUUUGGAAUUGGAAUUUGAUUUACUCUCUGAAUUGACAGGAAUUUACAUGGAAUUGACACCAACCCUGUAGUCAAUAUAGAUACCUAGUGUCUCAUCAGUUAUCGAUGUUCAAAGGACCAAAUUAGUAGUAGAUAGUUGUUAGACAAGGGCCGGGAUUCAAUCAAAGAUGCUUUGUCGAUAAGCUCACUGCACAAAAGGUCAUUUAUGACAUCCGCAGCAUUUACUGCAAAUGUGAUCUCCGCAAGCAUCUGGGAAAUCAUUGGUGAGAGUGUUGUUUGCUUAUCGCUUCUUUAAUUGAAUCCCGGCUUUUUGCCCAGUCUAUUGUAAAUGGUAGCUUGCUGUCAAUCUGGCCUCUGCUUCCUGAAUAGACCAAUCAAAAUAGACCUGCUUCCUGAAUGGACCAAUCAGAAACCAGGCAGAGGGGGUAGUGCACCACAUAGGAUGCCAUUUCAGACUGUAUUCUUUUUUUUAAAACGACUUUUUGUAUUUUUCUAAGUGCCUCUUACCUGUGGCUUUCCUAUUGCAUGAACAGAUGAAUGAAAUGAUACAUUAACAAAGGAAUGAAUCACUGGGUGAACGAGGGAUGGGUAGAAUGGAACAGUAGUGUGAAGAAGGUGUAUAAAGAUGGAGUGAUAUGGAAUAAUAAACAGAUAAAGGGA